CCGGCCGACGGCGGGCGCGGGCAUGCCGGGCGGCGGCGGGCACGCGGCGGCGCUGCGCGAGCAGGAGCGGGUGUACGAGUGGUUCGGGCUGGUGCUGGGCUCGGCGCAGCGCCUGGAGUUCCUGUGCGGGCUGCUGGACCUGUGCAACCCGCUGGAGCUGCGCUUUCUCGGCUCGUGCCUGGAGGACUUGGCGCGCAAGGACUACCACUACCUGCGCGACUCGGAGGCUAAGGCCAACGGCCUCUCGGACCCGGGGUCUCUGACCGACUUCCGAGAGCCCGCCGUGCGCUCGCGCCUCAUCGUCUACCUAGCUCUGCUGGGCUCGGAGAACAGAGAGGCCGCCGGCCGCCUGCACCGCCUCCUGCCCCAGGUGGACGCGGUGCUCAGGAGCCUGCGCGCCACUCGAGCCGAGGGCUCGCGGGGCAGCGUGGAGGACGAGCCGAGGGCCGAGGGCGAGCAGGACGCGGAGAAAGACGGCCCCGGCCCGGAAGGCAGCGGCUGCGGCAGCGCCAAGCUCGGGACUGGAGGCGGGCUCGGCUUCAGGGCCCAGGAGGAACUGCUGCUGCUCUUCACCAUGGCUUCGCUGCACCCGGCUUUCUCCUUCCACCAGCGGGUCACCCUGAGGGAGCACCUGGAGAGGCUCCGCAGCGCACUCCGGGUGGAGCCGGAGGACGCGGAGGUGGAGCCCAGCAACUUUGCGGGCUCCAGGGCCCAGAACGACUCUGCUUGUGGUGACUAUAUACAGAGUAAUGAGACUGGUUUGGUAGAACAAGCCCAAAUACCUCAAGAUGAUCUCACUGUGGCCCCUCACCGAGCUCAGCGAGAAGCUGUCCAUAUUGAGAAGAUAAUGUUGAAAGGAGUCCAGAGAAAAAGGGCUGACAAGUACUGGGAGUACACUUUCAAACUUCCAAAGGAAUUCUCUUCUGAGAGUUUUGACAAGACCAUCUUAAAAGCCCUGAAUCAGGGUUCUCUAAGGAGGGAAGAGCGGCGCCACCCUGACCUGGAGCCCAUCCUAAGGCAGCUGUUUUCAACCUCACCACAGGCUUUCCUUCAGAGUCACAAAGUACGCAGCUUUUUUCGGUCGAUAUCAUCCGAGUCUCAACACAGUUUCAAUGUGUUACAGCACACCAUCAUCCACAAGAAACAUGCUGGCAAAAGUCCCGCUGUGAAUGUUGCUACGAGCUGCUCUCCAUUGGAUGGCCUUACCAUGCAGUAUGCAGAACAAAAUGGAAUUGUGGAUUGGAGGAACCAAGGCUGUGCAGCCAUCCAACACUCAGAACACUGUGUGUCCUCAGCUGACCAACACUCUGCUGAAAAACGGAGCUUAUCUUCAGUAAAUAAGAAGAAAGGGAAGACACAAGUAGAAAAGGAGAAAAUAAAGAAAACUGAGAAUAGAUUGAACAGUAGAAUAAAUGGGAUUAGACUCUCUGCUUCCCAGCAUGCUCAUGGCAGUACUGUGAAAGAGUUGUUAUUUCUAGAUAUGAAUUUGGACAUUGGAUCUGGACAUGACACAUGUGGAGAAACAUCUUCAGAGAGUUACAGCUCUCCGUCUAGUCCACGGCCUGAUGGAAGAGAGAGUUUGGAAAGUGAAGAAGAGAAGGACAGAGAUACAGACAGCAAUUCUGAAGAUUCUGGGAAUCCGUCAUCAGCCAGGUUUGCCAGUUAUGGCUCUGUCGCCCAGACCGUUCCUGUCAAGCCACCUGUUGAGACUGUCUCCCUGGGAACUGAGAAUGGGAAUCUUUUGGAAGCUCCGUUGACCUCACACAAGUACCCACAUAUUCCCUUCAUGCCAACUCUACACUGUGUCAUGCAUAACGGUGCCCAGAAGUCGGAAGUUGUCAUUCCGUCGCCCAAAUGUGCAGAUGGCAAAACCAUAGGGAUGCUUGUCCCUAAUCCGGUGGCUAUUUCUACAGUGAUGGAAUCCUCAAAUUCAGCCCCUGUUGGAAUCCUAGGUCCGGCAGCUUCUGGGGAGUCAGAGAAACACCUUGAGUUGUUAGCUUCCCCUUUACCUAUCCCAUCCACCUUCCUCCCACACGGUAGUGGGCCUGCUUUGCAGCUGACACUACAGAGUCUAAAAUUACAGCCACCACCGGGAUCUUCUGACAGUUGUACAGUUAGUAUCCCACCACAACCAACCGGAAGUCUGAGCGUCGGAUCACCAAACACUGCCUUUAUUCCUGUCCAUAACCCAGGUAGUUUCCCAGGAUCUCCUGUGGCUACCACGGAUCCCAUCACAAAAUCUGCAUCCCAAGUGGUAGGACUAAAUCAAAUGGUGCCUCAGAUUGAGGGAAACACGGGGACAGUCCCUCAGCCGACCAAUGUGAAGGUAGUUCUUCCAGCAGCUGGCCUGUCAGCUGCACAGCCACCAGCUUCCUACCCCUUUCCAGGCUCACCCCUUGCUGCCAGUGUGCUCCCCACCCAGAGUUCCAGUGUGCUCAACACAGCCACUUCUGCCCAGCCAGCAAGUACAGGCAUCAGUCCGGCCCAGUCCACAGUUCCCCCUGCUGUUCCUACCCAUACCCCAGGCCCUGCCCCGAGCCCUAGCCCUGCCUUGACACAUAGUACUGCACAGAGUGACAGCACGUCUUACAUCAGUGCUGUGGGGAACACAAAUGCUAACGGGACUAUAGUGCCACCACAGCAGAUGGGUCCCUGUGGUUCUUGUGGGCGAAGGUGCAGCUGUGGGACCAAUGGAAACCUCCAGCUAAAUAGUUAUUAUUAUCCCAACCCAAUGCCUGGACCAAUGUACCGACUCCCAUCAUUCUUCACUUUGCCAUCCAUUUGCAAUGGCAGCUACCUCAACCAAGCACAUCAGAGCAAUGGAAACCAACUUCCUUUUUUUCUGCCUCAGACUCCAUAUGCAAAUGGAUUGGUACAUGACCCAGUCAUGGGGAACCAAGCCAGCUAUGGCAUGCAGCAGAUGGCAGGAUUUGGGAGAUUGUAUCCUGUAUAUCCAGCACCUAAUGUAGUUGCCAACACCAGUGGUUCUGGGCCCAAGAAGAAUGGGAAUGUCUCAUGUUACAAUUGUGGUGUAAGCGGACACUAUGCACAAGACUGUAAGCAGUCAUCCAUGGAGGCCAAUCAGCAAGGUAAUCCCACUAACUCCCAGAGGACUUGUUUUUGAAUUCCCAGUUUCUUCUUGAUUAUGUGAUACUGUUUUAGCAGAAAGAUCCGUAUGUGUGUUUGUUUACAGAGGUUGUAUUUUCAGUAUCAAAAUGCAGCCAGAGAAACUCAGUGUAGACCCAGGUCACGGAGCACAAGGAAGGUCCAAAAUGCAGCCAGAGAAGCCCAGUGUAGAACCAGGUCACGAGGCCAUGGAGUAAGGUCUGAGGAAGUUGAGUUUGCCACUAAGGGGUAAACAGCAGAGGUACUUGUCCAGGCUCAGGGGACACCAUGGAGUGUACAUUCUGUAAUGGUAGCUCCUUGCUUACAGGGCUGUAGUCUAAGAAGACAGUCCUCUUACAUAGAGGAAGCAGAGUGGUUAAAUCCUGCCGCCUAGGCUGGGAGCUAGUUACCCAACAUGCAGUUAGAGCCUGUGCACACAGCUGGCUUUCACCUGAGCCCCUGCUGCCCUUUGACUGUACACACAAGGCAAAAAUCCAAGAGGCCAUUGAAUCUUUACAACAACCAAGCCUUGGGAACACCAGUUUGGGAGUAAAUUUGAAGAAUGCUAACAGCAGAAGAAAAAAAUGCACUUUACUAGGUGUGGGUAAGGGACCAGAUUCAGUUCUUUUGUAUUUGCCCUUUGUCAUUGUGCCAGAUCUUACCUGGGAAAUGCUUUGAAACAAGAGUAUAUUAAUUAGGCGUCCUCAAAGGAAACUCCAGUUAUUUAGCUUUAGGUUACACUUGAAGCUCAAGCUUCCUGCUGCUUUUGAGAGUGACUUAGUUGCUGCUGUGGACUGGACUUAGUGCUGAGGCAAGGCCCUUGAGAGCAUGUCAUUUGCAGUCUUGUGGUUUGUGAUGCGUGUCGUCAUAAGCGGUACUUAGCCGUUCUGUCUUUCCUGUUUUAGGCACUUACAGACUGAGAUACGCACCUCCCCUCCCCCCUUCUAAUGAUACGUUGGAUUCUGCAGACUGAACGAGUAAAGCUUGUCUACUUAAUGCAUUCAAGUGUGGGGAGUCAUGGGGUGUGGACGGGAGGAAAGGAAAGGUAUUUCGUUUCUUUGUCUGUACAUUUCCUCAAUUUCUAUGCAGUUUGGAGUUUUCAUUUCUCUUUCACCUGUGUCCAGAAUAUGAAAGAACACAGUGCUCCUGGGCCUCUGGUCUCCUGGUCCAGCAGCCAGCUUACAUGUGUGAUACUCGGAACUUCAAUUUUAGACAAACUCUCGAAGGGAAAACAUUGAUGUGUGCUUUUUUUUACACUGAAUACUUGCUGUGUGCAAUGUUUACUGACUCUUUAAACUGUGUGUCUGACCUGAUUUGUUUCCACAACACUGGUUAGCAGUCGUAUGGUUUUCUUCUUCCUGGCUUUCCUCACUUAGACCCUGAACACAACCUCUCUUCCAGCCACCGUCUCUCCCUGGCCUGUGGCAAGGGUGCUCAGCAGUGACCUUGUCAUACUUCUGUAACCUGUCUGAACCAAGGCAAUAUGUUUCACCGUAAAUUUUAGACGUCAGAUUCCCAAGAAGUAUGUAUAUGUGUCAUAGAAGUAUCACGUAAAUACAUAUAUGCAGCACCUGUCCAAAUAACAAUGAGAACAAGUGGGCGAGAGAAAGUCAGACUCGGGAAGCCACAGAUGGGGAGUGGACAAACAGGCUUUCCUGGAGCGAAAACGACGUUUCCUUCCAACACACUUCUGAGAGACACAAAGGGCACGGACCGGUAUGAAUGUUGUUCUCUGUGCGCUUGUGUCUGUGAUGCUCCCUGUUGUCUGGCACCUUGACCUGCCCAGACACUGCUGACUGGAGAAGCCCUCUCCUGCUACCCCAGCUGUUGCAGUGUGCACUGUGUUAUACUGUGUGUGCUUGUUGCAUCUGAGCAGAAGCUGUGGGCUUCUUCAAAAGUCGGGGCCCUGCUGCCUAAGCCGUGUCUCCUAAGUCAGUUUCAUAACCGUUUACCACUACGCUUGACAGAAUGUGAAAGACUACGUGAGUGUGUUGAGAUGGUGUUAAUCAUGUCAGUGUCAUGUCACUAAGUUUGAUGCUGCUGGCUUUUUAAAGUUUUGUUUUGUUUUGUUUUAAGCCAAUCUAUAUACUGAAUUGCUUCCGGGUAAUUUUUUGAUUUCCUGAAGUGCACUGAGGUUAUCUGGGAGGUUGGAUGUACCUUCCGUCACUGCUGCAUUCAACAGCAAUGAACAAGUACCACCAUCUGUUGUAAGCUUACGGGGUAGCAGGGCUUUCCAUUCCUUGGUACAGAGUAGAAAUGAUUGACUUUGCUGUGGGGAAUAGAGUUGGUGUGCAGCAGAGGCACUAAAAUGUUAGCUCUGGGUUCUGAAACCUGAUAUUGUGAGACAAAGAAAAAACUUGAAGCAAAAAGAAGCUAGUUCAACACUUCAAUAGUAGUGUUUGUAUUUAUAGCACCAAUGUACAUUCUGAAACUUUCAUGGGUAGGAACUACUGGAAGAGAUGAGGGGAGUGUGAUAGGGUAAACAAAAGCUUUAAUUUAGAAAGAAAAAAUUCAAGUAAAGGAAAUUAUUUUGAUUAAAUAUAUUUUAUUUGAUGUAGGUAUUUUUGGACCACAUUAUUAAAUUGUUAAGCUGCAGCUGUGUUGUUGAGGGGAGAGCAUUGGUGAGCCUUGUACAGGUACUCUGUGACUCGCUUGCCAGGUGUACUUCAUGGAGCUUAUUUUAUGAUUUCAAAUACUGUACUGUACAUAGGAGGUAUGUUACCUUCUCCUUAUUUGUAUGUUUACCAUAUACUUUGAUAUUUGAAAUGUUAUGUACUGGAAAGGCCACUUAUAUUUCUAGAACAGAUUGGAUUUUAUGCAAUCUUUUUCCUUGAAUUAACAGCAAUAAAAAACUGAAAAACAGCCUAA